CAGACGCUCACCGUUUCCAGGGUCUAAGCUAUGAAGAUUUUAAUUUUUCUGAGUCUUUGCGUUACACUUGCUUUGGGAUGUUCAAAUCUUCCCGAACUGGCAGCUUGCAACAGACAGGAUGGAAGUCCGGACUGUAGUUGUCAAGCUGGCUUGUCCUGUGUACUGACCAAGAAACUGAUCAUCCAGCAAUCUGAGGUCACCGUUAAACAGUGCAUGCCUGAGGGAAUGGAGAUCGAGGUAGAAACAGUUGACCAUGAUGAACAACAGGCCGCUGAUUCUCCUAUGACGAGGAGAAAACGCUUUCUGUUUAAUGGUCUCUUCAAGAGAUGUGCCCACGAUACUGACUGUGGAGAGAACCAAUGCUGUCUUCUGAACAAACGGUGUGCUCCCAAACUUCCGAAGUACUUCACGUGCUAUUUAACGCACUUGCACAAGUGUGGCUGCGCUGAUGGACUGGUUUGUACCGAGACAGCUUCCUUCACAGUCCCGUUCACAGGAAUCAAGAUUCCGCUUAGACAGUGCAUUUAAUCUGAAAAAAACAACUGAGUAAUGUACCCGACACAAAAACUGUAGUAGGAGCCAAGUCUCAAAAAUAAACGGGGAUUUAAAAUCAAAAGCCAGU